AUGAAACGCUCGCUGAAGCUGUUGAAGCAAACUUCCUCCCCGGUCUCAAAAGGCCCUCCUGGAAAAACGCCUCGUUCAGUGAAGAAGCAGGCGAAGGAGACAACCAGGCGAGUCCACGCGAAGGCUGGAGGCCGCGAAAAGGCGAGAGAAACGACGCCACAUGCGGCGGUGGCUGACGAGAGUGACAGAGUCUUAACUGGAAAAACCGAGCAGGAAUCCAAGACACAGCGGAAGGGGAAACGCGCAGGAGACCUCGCCGAAGACGUCGCAGGAAACCAGGUCCCAGCGAGAGGCACGGGGAAAGCGAACGCGAACCUCAAGCGUGAACGUGAGAAAAAUGAGAAGAGAUUCAUUUUGUUCGCGGGGAACCUGCCACUCGGCACGAAAGCCGAGGACUUGAAGGCAUUCUUCAAAAACAAACUUCAGAGAGACGGGCUCUUUGAUGUCCUUUCUACAGAGCCUCGGAUUGUUGAAGUGCGCAUGCUGACCCAUCGAGAGACGAACAAGCCGAAGGGCUGCGCGUUUGUCGAGUUCGACUGCAGAGAAGCUCUUGAGAUUGCGUUGAAUUACCACCACAGAGAACUAGGAGGCCGAAGAAUCAACAUCGAACUCAGCGCUGGAGGGUGA